UCCCUUCUCGUUCCUUCGCUCUUCCUCCAAGCUCUGGGUUCCACGUACACGAGGUCUCACCGGUAACUUCUCACAAUGGGCUUUGGUGAUCUCAAAACACCCGCUGGACUCAAAGUCCUCAACAACUUCCUUGCAGACAAAAGUUACAUUGAAGGGUAUGUGCCCUCUCAGGCUGAUAUUGCAGUGUUUGAUGCUCUGUCCGGUGCCCCAUCUGCUGACCUCUGCCAUGCUUUGCGUUGGUACAACCACAUCAAGUCUUUCCAGAAGGAGAAGGGCAGCCUUCCAGGUGUGAAGAAACCUCUCGGUCAGUAUGGCCCUGCCGGUGUGGAGGACACCACUGCAGCAGCUCCUGCUGCAGCAGAUGAAGAUGACGACGACAUCGAUCUAUUCGGUUCCGAUGAGGAAGAGGAUGAGGAAGCCGCAAAGAUCAAGGAGGAGAGGCUUGCAGCUUAUAACGCCAAAAAGGCAAAGAAGCCUGCACUUAUCGCCAAGUCUUCCAUUCUGUUGGAUGUCAAACCCUGGGAUGAUGAAACUGACAUGGCCAAGCUUGAGGAGUGCGUCCGCAGCAUUCAGUUAGACGGUUUAGUCUGGGGACAGUCCAAACUGUUGCCUGUUGGCUAUGGCAUCAAGAAGCUGCAGAUCGCCUGUGUUGUAGAGGAUGAUAAAGUCGGAACAGACCAGCUAGAGGAACUGAUCACAGCCUUUGAGGACUAUGUACAGUCCAUGGAUGUGGCAGCCUUCAACAAGAUCUAAAACCUCACAGCACAAAGCAUUAGUCCAAUAAAAGCACUUCAAAUGC